AUGGUCAAAGUCCUCAUCUCCCUCAGCGUGUUGACCGCUGUCGCUAUGGCUGGCUCCGUCACGGAACUCCCCGAGUCUGUGACCAAGCUCAUCGAUUACUCCAUCAACCCCUGCGACCACUAUUACCAAUAUUCGUGUGGCAUGUGGCACAAGGAUGAUGUGCUACCCCCGGACGUAUACCACAUCGAUACGUCGUUUAACAAGUUAGACAUCCAAAACGAAGUCGUAUUGACGAAGAUUUUCUCUGACAACAAGACCAAGCUUCGUAAGUUUGGUGAGUUUUACAACUCCUGUUUGGACACGGCUACGCUAUCGUCACUCGGCCUGACUCCGCUGGAGGACUCGUUCAAAGCCAUUCGGUCGGCCAGCACCAAGUUGGACCUCCUGAUUGUGGCUGCCAAAUUGGCCAAGAACGGCAUCCCUGCCUUCGUAGAAGUCAAUGCGGGUGUGGAAUUUUUGCACGUGUGUAUACCCCGUAGCAAGACCCUCAAGUCCCAACUCGCGGCCACGAAAAACAUCGGCCAAUUAUUCGACUGUCCGGAUCUGCCGGUUAAGCUACGCCAAGACCUUCGCGUGUUGACCCGUCACCAACGCGUGGUUAUCAACAAGUUGCGUGCCCAGAUCCCCGAAAGCGAAGAACUCCGACGCCCGCAACGCUAUCCAAGAGAUCACAGACUUAUUGAUCCACCGGAACGAUCAAAUCGAAGAACUGAAUGA